UCACUGUAUACUAAAAACCAAGUGAAACUCGUGCAUGGCCCCAGUCAUCACUAUGACUUCUACUGGUUGUAAAGCUGAAGAUCAUUCCCGUGUGAUUUUAGGAGAUAAAGGAGAGAUGCAGACCAGCAUCGGUGUGGAGGAGGACGCAGAGAAACAGAAGAUUCUCCCGUUCAGCGUCGAGGCUCUGAUGGCAGAACGGAGACCGACCUCCUCCGCCGGAGCGUCGCAUACUCACGCGGAUCCGGAGCGGACCGGUGCUCGUUUGGCGUUCUCCGUUGACGUUCUGAAACUGUCGGAGACGUCGGAGCGGAGCGCAUGGAUGCAUCACCUCUCUCCCCGGCGUCUCAGUCCUCCCGCGUGUCCUCUGAGAAAACACAAAACCAACCGGAAGCCUCGGACCCCGUUUAGCACGUCGCAGCUGCUGGCGCUGGAGCGGAAGUUCCGUCAGAAACAGUACCUGUCCAUCGCAGAACGGGCCGAGUUCUCCAGCUCGCUGAGCCUGACCGAGACUCAGGUGAAGAUCUGGUUCCAGAACAGACGAGCUAAAGCCAAGCGGCUCCAGGAGGCCGAACUCCAGAAGAUCAAGAUGGCCUCUAAACCGAUGCUUCCUCCCGCCUUCGGGAUUUCAUUUCCAUUCGGCGCUCACGCUCCGGCUUCAUACACGGCAUCGCCUCCGUUUCACCGACACUCGCUGAGCGUGACUCCGGUGGGACUGUACACACACAUGGGAUACAGCAUGUACCAUUUAGCUUAAAGGACGAUGAGACUUUCUCUGCAUCUUCAGCGACUCUGUUCCGACAAAAGUGGACAUGCUUUACUCUAAUGGUGGUAUUGCACACAGCCUGUACUGUCACAGAGAGUUAUGAACACAGAUUUGGUCAAAGGUAGGUCAGGUGAAAACAGUCUGUAUCUCACACUUGCAUUCGUAGCGAUGCGUUUAUGAUUCAAACUCGCGUCAGUGUUUUAAACGAUAGCAAAAAUAAA